AUGGGUACUUCAGCAAAAACCAGCGGAGAAGAGAAAGAAAACAACGUCAACAUGGCGAGCGCGCCUUCUUCGCCUCGACGCACCACCGCUCUCUCUGCCACUGAAUCCACCAGCUCCACCCCUCACGUCUCAGUGAACCCGGUGGAAGGUGAUGCUGUCAAAAAUGGGGAUUUAUUGCAUCCAGAUGAAGUAAAACCUGACAACGAUGAUGGACUUGAUCACCUGGACAGCAAGCAGUGCAUUGAGAGGUUUAGGAAUUAUGAGAAUGAAUUCAUUCAUCGUUUAUUGGCCAAAUACUUCUCGGGCAAUAACCUUAAUGGAGCCAACAGUUUUUACGAGGAAAUAACGAUAGGCGAUGAUGUUAUAAUAAAGGCAAGCAGGGUACCUUGUUUCCAGAUAUAUGCUGAUCCUGUCGUCGGUUUUAAAGAGCAAUGCAGCAACGAGUCGUCUUCACCUGCAGAAACACAAGAUAACAUACCUAAUGGGAAAAGUGAAGAAGCACUUAAGUAA